CCACACCCACCCGUAAGCUUGGCUCGUCUCCCCGCGCUACUCUCCAGAUAUACCGACAUGGCAAGGAGAAAGCAAAACGAGACAUCAUGGACUGCAUGUUCAAGCCACAAGUGCCAUGACGACAGUAAUCUUGGAUAGAUAUAGUAUAGUCGAUCCUUGGGGCUGAAAUCCUAAACAGCCGAGAAACAUAUCAUAUUUGAAAUAUUAGGCGAUAAGGAGAGACACCUAUCUGUUGUCUACGCCCGUUACAGCCUUCAAUUACGUCAUUUUUAAUAAGUCGCCUAUCACCAUAUUGAUCACAUACGCCCCGGACUGGCAGACAUUGUAACGAGUCAUCCAAGCCUGGCAACGGAAUAGCCGCGGCAAUGCCCGAAGAACCAUCCAAGUCCGGUGCGGACGGGCCAGGCGAUGGUGAGGCCGGCAACAAACGGCCCUCGACCAAGGAGAAGCUGCUGCAGGAAAUCACACAGAAGAUCGAGGAGUCGAAAGGUUUACAGCAGGAGUCGCUAGACCUUCACAAACGCGCGGAUGAACUAGCCGAGAGCGAUCCGAAACUCGCUGAGGACCUCCGGUCUAAGGCUCAUGAGAUCGACAAGAAGGCCACCAAGCUGCUCAAGACGGCGCGCCGUCUCGAGUCCGGAUGGCUGCAAGGCGGUGCCGCGGGAGCUGGCAUUGGCGCGGGUAUUGCUACGGGAUUGGGCAUGACGGUGGGAUCUCUCGUCAGCGGACUCGUCGCUAUACCCACGACGGGGCUGGGCAUCCUUAUCGGGGCUGGUACGGGACUUGUCCAUGGUCCUUGGGUCAAGUUCACUGAGGUCUUCACGAAGGAUGAGGUCUCGGAGAUAGAUCGCGAAGCCGAGGAGGAGGCUGAGCGGAUUGCGCAAGGCUGACGAGUUGCGGACUGAAGGGUUUUGUUUUGUUUUGAUUUUGGUAUGACAAGAGAGAUUAGUAAUCCGUCCGCAAUGGUUCCUAAGUAGGCAUUGUAACACAUAACACCACUGAUUAAGUUCAGGCGCUGGCAGGUCAUAAGUCGUAUUUAGCAUUUUAUAUUG